AUGAGUUUGGGCAACCAAUUGUCAUCAGUUGUGUUGAUUCUGAGUCAAAUCGGUUGCAACUCUGCACGACGCAGUUUUUGUAUGUUCAAGCCUUCGCCGUUAACUUUGCCAACGCUUAAACGCAGAGCUUUUGCGCCAAAAGCCACAGCUUCCCCGACCGCCGUCGUCGAAACAAAGCCCGAUCCUGUUAUGGACGAGACAAAGCUGAACAUCCGCAAGAACAUUUUAGCUUGUCCUAUUUGUUAUGAACCAGUAAUUUGGAAUGGUAAUCCCAGCUUAUCUUUGGAAUCUGCAGCUCAGUCUAGUUUGCAAUGCAGUACCUGCAGAAAGACAUACUCUGGUAACGAGACACAUCUCGACCUGACAAUAACCGGUGGUGGAAAGGUGUAUGGUGAACCUAAGGCAGCAUCUACCGAGCUUUUCAGGUUUCCUUUGGUAUCAUUUCUCUAUGAAAGGGGUUGGCGACAAAGUUUUUCUGUAUGGGGUGGUUUUCCAGGCCCAGAGAAAGAGUUUGAAUUGACCAAAGAUUACCUCAAGCCAGUCUUAGGUGGAAAUAUUAUUGAUGCCAGUUGUGGGAGUGGAUUAUUUUCAAGACUUUUUGCCAAGAGCGGAUUAUUUUCCCUUGUUGUUGCUUUGGACUUUUCAGAGACUAUGUUGCAGCAAUGUUAUGAAUUCAUGAAGCAAGAUGAUAACUUUCCAGAAGAGAACAUAAUACUGGUUAGGGCUGAUAUCUCCAGGCUUCCCUUUGCUUCAAGUACUGUGGAUGCCGUGCAUGCUGGUGCGGCUUUACACUGUUGGCCUUCACCAUCGGCAGCUGUGGCAGAAAUAAGUCGUGUAUUAAAACCGGGAGGGAUCUUUGUUGCUACAACAUACAUAGUUGAUGGCCCCCUUUCAUAUGUUCCCUAUCGCAGACCUAUACGUCAGAACGUCGCGCUACUCUCAGGUAGCCAUGUAUUCUUAUCUGAGAAAGAACUUGAAGAUCUUUGCACGUCUUGUGGGCUUGUCGAUUUUACAUGCACCAGGAACAGAAGUUUCGUGAUGAUCUCGGCUGCAAAACCCAAAUGA